AUGUUCAUAUACCUCUGCAAAAAGAUAUCUAUGCCAAACAAUACAAGGAUAUAUUGUUUGGCAUGGAGCAGCGAGCAAGGAUGGAUUGGUCUGGGAGGGGAUGAUGGAUUGCUGAAAGUAUUGAAAUUGGAAUCAGGUAAAACAAAGGGAAUCACUGCACCUGCCAAUCUCUCGAUGAAUCAGACGUUAGAAGGACAUACUGGGAAAGUUCAAGUGAUUACGUGGAAUGAACAGCAUCAAAAGUUUACAACAAGUGACCAAAAUGGUCUGAUUAUAGUAUGGACUAUGUAUAAGGGAAAUUGGUAUGAAGAGAUGAUUAAUAAUCGAAACAAGUCUGUAGUAAAAGGAAUGGCUUGGGAUUCUGAAGGAAAAAGAAUAUGUAUAGUAUAUGAAGAUGGUGCUGUUAUUGUUGGUUCUGUUGAUGGAAAUAGAAUUUGGGGAAAGGAAUUGAAAGGUUUAACGCUCACAGGAGUUCAGUGGUCACCCGAUGGGAGGUAUUUAGUUUUUAGUCUGCGAAAUGGAGAAGUUCAUCUUUAUGAUAACCAAGGAAAUUUUUUUAUGAAAUUAAGCAUCCAGUGCUUUCCAUCUUUGGUUAUCACCGGUAUACCAGUGGUUAGCAUGGCUUGGUAUGACGGUAGAAAUGGAUAUGUUGAAAACAACUGUCCAUGUUUUGCUAUUUUGUACCAGACAGGUCAGUUGCAACUAAUGAGGAACCAAAAUGAUGAAGAUCCAGUAAUUUUGGAUACUGGCAUCAGUGCUGUCAAUUGUAGCUGGAAUCACAAUGGCAGUGUAUUAGCAAUCGUUGGUUCCUCCGUAUUUCCAGAAGACAACAAGGAAACAAAUGUUGUGAUAUUCUACAGUCUUUAUGGCGAACAUAUAAGAACAAUGAAAAUCCCUGGAAGAAUAAUUACAACUGUAGUUUGGGAAGGAACUUCAUUGAGGAUAGCUUUGGCUGUCGAUUCGUUUAUUUAUUUUGCCAUUAUUAGACCAGACUACAAGUGGGCCUAUUUUUCAAAAACUCUAGUUUUUUCACAUUCUUCUAAGUCUGGAACAGAGAUAACCUUUUGGGAUACAAAUAACAAUGAGGUUCAUAAUAAGCAAGUAAAAUUUCUAUAUGCUAUUAAUGCCUAUAAAGAACAUUGUGCAAUAGCGUUCAAAACUGAAGAUACGAAUGAACAGUAUAUGAUUCAUGUUUGCAAUUCUAUCGGAAUCACAGUUGAUAGUAAAAGUAUUGAUAUUGAACCAUUAUGGGUAAGCAUCAAUACAACUCAAGUAUUUUGUGCAUCUAAGGAUCAUUUUAUGAUUUGGCAUUUCAUGACUCCUAAAUCACAUUCGACUCUUGGAAUAACAGGCAGGCAUCGAAGAGAAAGGUUAUAUCACAUUGACGAUACUCCUUCUGGCGUUGCUGAAGUAAUUCAAGAUUUAGAUAAAACCUAUCAGCCUAACGUUAAUAUGCAGGCUACAAGCGAUCCUAUCUGUUGCAUUGCUGUCUCUGAUAAAAUACUCGUUAUUGGGCGGGAAUCUGGUUCCCUUCAGAGGUACUCUUUACCGCAAGUAGCACUUGUUCAAAGAUUUACACUCCCAGUCAGGCCCAAAACUAUUGCUGUGAACUGUGAUUCCACGAGAAUUGCUGUAAUAGAUAUAAGCGGUGUGUUGACCUCUGUGGAUAUGGAAAGCAGCGUGAACAAUAAUAAACUCGAGAGGAGAGACGUGUGGGCCAUACAAUGGGCCUCUGAUAAUCCAGACCUCUUGGCCAUUAUGGAGAAAACUAGAAUGUAUGUCAUACGUGGCAGUGAACCGGAGGAACCUAUUCAAUCAUCUGGCUACAUAUGUUCUUUCAAAGACUUAGAAAUUAGAACUGUUCUGCUUGAUGAUAUAAUGGCUAAUCCAGAUGUACUCACUAUAGAAGAUCACAUAUUGGACUUAGAAGUAAAGUCCUUAAGAGAUACGAGGCAGCUUUUAGAAAAAGUCGGAAUAAACGAAGCUACUGCUUUUAUAGAGCAAAAUCCCCAUCCUAGAUUAUGGCAUCUUCUUGCUGAAGCUGCUGUGAAGAAACUCGAUAUAAAAACGGCCGAGACAGCCUUCGUUCACUGUAGCGACUAUCCAGGAUUGCAGCUCAUCAAAAGGCUCAACAAUAUUACUAAUGAUCAGAUCAAGAAGGCUCAAGUUGCAGCUUAUUUCGGCGAUUUCAACGAAGCUGAAAAACUUUACCUGGAUGCUGAUAGGAGGGAUUUGGCAGUUUCUCUCCGAGAAAGAUUGGGAGAUUGGUUCAGGGUUAUUCAGUUGAUGAAAAUGGGUAGUGGCGGUUCUGAUUCACAACUACAAUACGCAUGGAACUCGAUCGGAGAUUUUUUUUCUGAUAGAAAUAAUUGGGAAAGUGCUAAAGAUUAUUACGAAAAAUCUGGAAAUAUUGAGCGUAUGAUUAAGUGCUACCAACUUUUAGAAGAUUAUGAUCAGUUGCAAAAGCUUGCUACUCAGCUUCCAGAAAAACAUCAACUUCUUAAAGAAAUUGCUGAAAUAUUUGUUUCUGUCGGAAUGUGCUCUCAAGCUGUUUCAACUUAUGUGAAGUUUGGAUCUGUCGAGUCAGCAGUUGAAGCUUGCGUUAGUUUGAACCAAUGGGACCAAGCUGUUACUCUCGCUGAAACUUAUUCUAUGCUGCCAGAGAUCGGAACUUUAUUAGACAAAUAUGCCUUAGGCCUUCUCGAAAGAGACAGACAUCUGGAGGCGAUUCAGCUAUAUCGGAAAGCCAACAGAUUUCUAGAAGCUGCAAAAUUAAUGUUUCAGCUUGCUGAAAAUGAAGCCAAGAGGAAUAUAUAUCCUAUUAGAACGAAGAAACUGUAUGUUCUUGCCGCACUUCUGGUUGAGGAGCAAAUAAAAAUGAAGAAAGUUUCAACAGGAGAGAAAAGAGAUUCUUUAAUUAGAGAACUGCACGAAGAAAACGUGACUGAUUUUAAGAUCACUGAUAACCCUUGGCGAGGAGCAGAGGCUUAUCAUUUCUUAAUGCUGGCUCAGAGGCAAUUGUUUGAAGGGAAUUCAAAUGCAGCUGUUAUGACAAGUAUCCAUCUCCGACGUUAUGAAGAUAUUCUUCCUUCUGAAACUGUUUAUUGCAUUAUUGCUCUUGCUGCUAUUAUGGCUAAAGCAUAUGCUACAGCAUCCAAAGCAUUCAUGAAAUUGGAAAGUCUCCCAACGAUCACAGAAACUAAACAAGAAGAAUAUGCUGAUUUAGCUGUGCUUAUAUUUACAAAACACCCACCAAGUGACCCAAAAGGAUUAUUUUUGUCUUGCUCUACCUGUAAAUCUCCAGUUCCUACUUGGUCAGGCCUGUGUGAAGGUUGCGAUAGCAGAUAUCCAGUGUGUAUCGUGACUGGGCGGCCAUUACUGAAUCUUGAAUCCUCAGCGUGGACUUGUCAUUCUUGUUCUCAUAGUUCUUCAUUUUCUGACAUCGGAAUAAAACAGUUCUGUCCCCUAUGUCAUUCACAUGUUAGGCGUUAA